CACAAACCACCACCCAUUAUAGACUUCCCAUCUCGUUGAAGAUGAUCCGCAACAGGCAGCUCAGCGCGGGUCUCCGAGCACACUCCGACGAGAACCGUCCGCGUCCGACGCCAGAGGAACGUCAAGCUCUUCUCGAACGUCUCCGGACAGAGAGACUAAAUCGCAAGAACGGGCUUCCUAUCGGUACUAAUGGACAUUCCCAAAGGACUGAAGAGGUGGGAAGGAGAGAAAACAAACUCGUUAUCACACAUGUUCAGCACACGGAGCUCGCGAGGACGCCAAUCGCGAAGCCCACAACAGUGGAGCAUCUUGAAGAGAAGGAGAACACCAGGUCUGCAGGGAAGAAGCAGAGUCUUGUAUCAGCAUCGACGAAAGGAAAAGGAAAGAUGACGAUAGAAGAGAUGAACGAGUACAACCAGGAGCAACAGCUCUUGCAUUCCCCACGACGAGAAGACCUACGAGUGACGAAACGGACCACAAGGAAUGAGAUUAUUGUUUCGCAGCGGGAGACACAGCUCUCGCAAGCCCGACGACAGGAGAGCCGACCAAUCUUGAACACGAUGACGACAACGAAUGAAACAAACGUUCUCAACGCGGAGAACCAGCUCUUACAACCCCAACAACGGGAGGACGCACGAGUCGCAACAGACGACAUGACUGAUGAUACCCGCGAGCGACAUCGCUUGCAAUCCCAACAUCCGGAGGACCGAGGCGCUUCGUACGACGUCCGGUCGUCUGGAUUCUUGAUUCCUCUUGACGACCCCCUUACGACAACGGGAAAUCGACAAUCCGAGCGUGACAUUCAUUCGUCCGGAUUGCUGGCUACCUUUAACGACCCCUUCACGACCGGAGUGUCCUUGACCGAGCUCCAACUUGAAGACCCCCUUACGAUGAACGACCCCGAAUCCGCUCCUGAAGAAGUCAGCCAUUCCUUCAGCGGUUCUACGACCAGCGAGACGCCAUCUGGGCCCUCGAACUACUUCGUUUCGCCUUCGAAAUUACCGGUGGACGAGCCGUCAUUUGCAAACAUUGCAUCGAGCACGUUCAUGUACGAAGAUCGCCUUUCCUCAUCGGGAGAACGAGUCCUCCGCCCUCCUCUCGUGCUCGGUCCUGAACAGAGAACAUCGCAGUCAGGGUAUCCCGUCUACCCAAAGCGUAUGAGGAAGAGGACCCCUCCCGAGACCAUUCUCAAUACGCCGCCUGGUCGUAUCCUCCUACCAGGCCAACCUAACGACCUUUACGACCCCGAACGGGCAGCCGAACACAACGAGCUGUACAAGCCUCGAAAUUCCAACGAUGAACUGAGGUCGCACCGACCGAUGCUCGCCGAAGACGCGUCGGUCACCUUGUCUUACGAGUGGGAGUCGACAGACAACGAGGACAAGCACACAAGGGACCAGCCAACCGAUAAGACCAGACGGUUCGUCAUGCACACCGAGCCCAACCGAAACGCUAGGGAAGCACAUUUUGAGGCUGCGCUUGCAAGGAUGGUCGCCAAGGGGGGUUUAGAGAGCGAGGGCUGGAACUUGCCGUGGGUGCUAGAGGAAGGGGACUCGUUCCCGCGAAAGAAACCUUCGAGCCAGAUUCCUACAGGCUUACCGCUGGAGGAACCCAAGGGCGAGGGUGAGGCGACUCCAUACAGGGCGGGGGCAGUAACAGGACCCUCGUGGAGCUGGCCAACUGAACUUCAGGGACAAGGACAGGCUGAGGCGAUGACUGCUACUGGGAUGUCCGACCCAGUCAUCGCUGAACGGGAACAUAGCGUGUCUCCCGGUAAAGCUCACGCUCCGUAUGAGCAAACGGGUUGGACGACUCCCGAAGCUUCUCUUGAUACGGCCGUUGUCUCGACGGGUAGCCAAGCGGGAAGCAGGAGUCCAGUUCGGUCGCCUGGGCGAAGCAGGAGCGAGCCAGGUAUUCACGUCUCCAAAAUCCCGGCCCUCUUGAACCACGAGGAUGACCUUCCCGAUAUGAUGGAGCAAGAAGAGCAAGGUCACGCUUCGUCCUCGUCCCGACCGAGAUCCGUAUGGGACGAUCCGCUACCCCCGAGGAACACACCCGCGUACUACCGGGCCUUGAGGGAGCGACUGGCCGCCAAGCCGUACACCGGGUGGCCCCGUACACCUUCCCGGUCGGCUCGGGUCGAUAGCCUGUCUGACGAGUCGGAGGCUGGCAUGGAGGAGCAGUUUGCUCAAGCUGGAGAGAACGAGGCGAGUGGGGAGAGGAGCGUAGAGCACAGCGGCUCUGAAGAUUCCGGACGAUUGUCUGAUGGCGCCGAGCGAGGCGAAGAACAAGAGGAUGAGGAGGACGAGUCGAGCGCUCCGCCCAGCCCCGAGUACCGUGACCUUCCGCGGAGGCUGAACGGGGUCGCUCAAAGGCUGUUGUCGGACUCGUUUCUUAGGGCAGAGGCCGCCAAACGAAGGGGAGGGAGCAACGACGGCUCUAUCGACAGGUCGAGAUCGCCGUUGGAAGCGCCGAUCUCGAUGAUCAACGCGGCGGGACGCGCCGAAUCUGUCACGCCAGAGCCCGAAACGAUCCCGGGUAGAGGAUCUUGGCGAGAUGGACGUUCGCGGCACGGGUUCCCACCUCCAGAGAGGCGAAGUCAGACUUUGCAGGUGGAGGGCGCUGGGAGCUUCGAUGCGGGGUCAGGGAUGGGACCUAUCCAGGACGGUCAAGGCGUCGAGGGGUUUCGCACUCCGCCUCGUCAAGUCAUCCGUAGGGGAGAAGAAGUGGUGUCGCCCGUGUCGUCGCCGGAAGCGACCAAGAACACCACCAUCCCGUUAAUCGACCCCAGGCGGGAGGGUGGUCAGCGAAGCCCGGACAGCCCCGCCAUGCCGUUCGACCCGGCUUACGACCUACCUCGGCGGGGCAAGUUGGCCGACAUCUCGACGAGCGGUACUCCGGUCUCGAGGGGUGCCAGUAGCCGACGAUCAGUCAGCCAGGCUUCCGACAGCUUUAAUGUCCCUGAGCUGUUGGAGCGAAUGAGGGCCAAGAUCGACGGCUCGGCUUCGCAACGGGGUGGCGUUGACAACUCGCGCCACGACCGAGCUUUGCACAGAUCGUUGACGAUCUUGCAACAGCUAAAGACUUCGUCGGCUGAGAGGAACGCAGCUCACAGCCUGAUGGACGAGAGAUGCAGCCUCAUGUCUUCCGGGCCGGCCUCGAGCGAUCGAAGGAUCUCUGCCGACCGGAAGCAGCAAGAGGACGCGGAGCAGGAGGAGUGGGAGGACGUAGAAGAGACGGCUGAAGAGGACGCCGUCGUAAACCAGGUGCAGCCGUCUGCGUCGGCUGCAUCGCUAAGGAGGUCUAGCGCGGGAAGCGACUUCGACCCCUUCCCUGAGGCCAACGAUUGGUCGAGGAGCCUGGUUUACGAUGCCGCGUGUGAUGGGUGGGUUCUAGGACCCCGCAAGUUCUGGAGGGAGGACCGGGUCGAUGCGUUUGGCUUGAGGCCAAUCAUUCACGGGUCCGACCCCACCCGGUUCCCCGACCUCGCAGCCUCGUCGAGCGACCUAGCGAGGGAGAUCGCCAGGGUCUUUGGGGGUGACACUACCGACGAAUCCGAGGACGUCGGUACCAGGGAGGACAGCACGCAGGGACCAGGCGUGCAGGAGGUGGUCCCGUCUGGAGAUGUCUCGGGGGAGAAGGCUGUCUCGGUGCCAGAAAGCGAGGAACAGGGAGCGAGGUCGACCUUGUCUAUCCCUCCAGCGUCCGGCAGGACCUCGCGCCGGGCGAGGCAGGUUCACUCCAGCCCGAAGACCAACAUGUCGGGCAGGAAGAUCUCCGUCGCGGGGCCCGUGUCUGAGGGCAUGCCUACGGCGGAGGACUUUGAGGCGGGCCUCUUUGAAUCGGUCUCGGGUUCAGAGGCCGACACUGAGGACCCCGGUCAAGGGGAGCUCGGUCCCGAGGACUCUUCUUCCGACGAAGGCGAGCCGGAAGCUCUAAUCGGCCACCUUCGCCGAGAGGAGGAGAAGGCGACGGCGGCGGCCCCCAGCCCCGCCGCCAGUAUGGUCAGUCCGACGGCCUUGUGGUCGGACAGCCAGUCCCAGGCUUACUCGGGGCACAUCCCCCACGGGACGCCGUUGGUGUCGAUCUUCGAGCAGACUGAACCGUCUGAGUCGGAGGAGGAGGACAAGCGGAUCGACCAGGGUUCGACCACUCCAACGGUCACCCCGGUCGGCAAUGUCCUCCAGCGGAUCGACGAGAGAAGGGGGCUUCUGUUUGGUGCAGCAGACCACAGGGAGGCCGCUGCUCAACCGUCGAUGAUGGUCCCUAGCGGAUCAUACUCCUUCGAAAACGGGUCGCCUAUGCCCGGCCGGGUGAAGGAGUUGAGCAUGCUCAAGAGGAGCAUGGGCAUAAGGGAUGCUGGCGACGCAUCCCGAACGCCAGAGGCCUCGCCCCGAGCGACACAAAUGACGUAUCCUAUGGAUACUCGAUCUCGGGGCGAGGCGGCCACGGCGGGCGAGAACACGGUGCUCUCGCCGAGCACUUUCAUCACGCCGUGGAACAAGCGGAGGGGAGGACCCUACCCCCGCUUCGAGGCUGGACCUCUUUCUUCGAGGAUCGGGACAAUCUCUGCCGGAGAGAUCGAAGGAGGCCGCGCCUCGGUGUUGUCGGUUCCCGAGGUGGCACCCGCAAAGGCCUCCCCAGAGCGAGCAACCGAGCUCGCUGUGAUCGCGCCGGGAUCAGAGAAGAGGGAGGAGAGGGAGGAACAGGCGCCAGUCCUGCCGGCAACGACGAGGACUGAGGGAGAGAGCCUGCUCGUCGAUGGCAGCGAAGAGGCCGAGGAUAAAAUUUUAUUCUCGGGUCUACAUCGACAAACUCCGCGAAGAGUUCCGGCUCGCGGAGGAACGCCUGGACCGGGCCAGGAAGUACUUCUUGAUGGGGGUCAAGGAGUUCGAGCACUACCAGGUGGCAAAUAUGGAUCAUGAAGCUGUUCGGGGGAGCAACAUCGACCUGCCGAUCCGGGUUCAGCCCAGCUUGCUGGAUCUGGAAUCCGACGCCGCAGGACAUGCUGCUCUACUCGCGUCGUUACGCCUAUACGCCGAUCUAGGAGGUCGGGGAAACGAAUCACGGGCAGACGACGCUGAGCGAACCGAAUAUGGAUCACAAAAAAAAUCCGAAAAAUCCGAAAAACACUCGACCGAUACCAGGACGACGACCAACCGGACAACAACGAUUCAAGGGA